AUGGAAAGUACCGUCACCAUCCACCAUGGCCCCUACGAGUCCAUCCCUCCCACAGCUUCACCCGGUCUUAAAUUUCUCCAACGAUUCCUACCAGCACUAGACUCACUCACUCCCGCUGAGAAUCUCAUCACUCCUUUCUUCACCCCCAGUGCUCCCAUCCUCAUCGGCAGCGAUCCCCCAACAGCCGCAAGCCAGGUAGUCCCUCUGCUCGAAGUGCGCAGCCGUCAUGUCUGCAAAUUCCGCCACCAGGUCCAUCUCGCCUGGGAUAUAAACCUUGGGCGUGACAGAGGCCCUGUCCAGACAUCGUACAACAGGACCGCUCCGGACGAAGAUGCCGCCCAAAAAGCACAGCUCUAUGCGCCGCUAGCAGGGAAAAUACAGAUGAAGCGAACUGUUAUGUUUGAAGCAACAUCCGAAACAACAUUCAACGAGGAUCCUGACCAGUUUGCUGUUCGAGUCCGCGAGUUCAAUGUCCUCGAUCUGGAGGGUCGCGAUGAGUCGGAUCUGCAAAUCGUUGAGAUGAGGAUCUUUUUGGACCAGAGACCUCUUCAGGCACAUUCUUCAAGUGUGUUUACGGGCUCUACUUAUGGAUAUUAA